AGAACAAUUUUUUGGGGUUCAGAGAAAUGAAGCAAGUGCUGUAAGGAAGAUGGGAUAAUUAUCAGGAAAAAACUAUUGAAUAAAACUGGAAGUCCUUAAAGUGUCAUGAUGAUCUUCACCAUCAAUGAUAGCAUUUCCUCUCUUGGACCAUAACGCAAAGCAGCAUGGCUGUGAACACCCAUGUCUUGUCAGCCAUGAAGAAGAAAGAUGUGGAGAGGGCAUCCAUGUUAUUGUUAACUCCGGGAUACGACGUAAACACGAUGUCUAAAUCAGGGACUCCACUUAUCUAUGCCGCUAAAAUGGGUCUUAUUCCACUAAUUGAGAAGCUAGUUGAUCUUGGAGCCAAUGUAAACUGUCUAGACAAAGAAAAGAGAACAGUUCUUCACCAUGCAUGUCAACGUGGUCCAAGGGAGAUAAUUCAAGUACUCAUCAAAGCUGGAUGUGACAUGUACAAGGCUAACUCUGAUGGUGACCUGCCCAUUCAUGUGGCGGCCACCAGUGGUCACACGGAAUCGAUGGAGGAGUUACUGAAGGCUGGUAUGGACAUCAAUGCCCUGAACACCAUUACAGAACAUACUCCCCUGGAACUGGCAGUGUGUUACGAACAAGUCCACAUGGUGGAAUUUCUGUUGGAGAGGAAGGCUAAACUAGAUAUCCCUACGAGGAAGACUAUGGCAGAUACGGCUCUGCAUCAAGCAUCACAAAUGGGAAAUGUGUCCCUGAUCGAGACUUUGUUAAAAUUCGGAGCAGACGUUAACAAGAUGAACACCAGUGGUGAGACCCCAUUCAUUACAGCAGUCACAGACAAUAAGCUGACCUCCAUGAAAACCCUGAUUCAAGCCAACUGUGAUAUAAACAAGUAUAGAUACACUUCUCCUCUUUCCCUGGCUUGUCUGGGAAACAGGCAUAAACUAAUUCGGUACUUAUUAUCAGAGGGAUACAACGUUUCGGCAGAUGAAAGUUUUAAAGAAAUUCUAACAGUCAGGCUGGAGGAAACUGCACCACUGUUGUUGGAACUCGUUCAUUAUAAAUGUGCUAAUCAAGCAACAUUGAAAGAGGCUUGCCGAUUCAAGUUACGCAAGAUUUUAGGUCGAAGAUUAAGUGAAGCUGUGCCACUUCUUUCUCUACCCAAGAUUUUGAUGGAAUGGGUAGUGUCUGAUUUCAUAUACUGAUGAAAACGAAUUUUUAUUUUAUGAUACAGAGUUUUUUUUUUAAGGUUAUACAUACAGUAUUAAGUUUAAACUUUUUAAAAUUACCAUUUAUUUAAUUCUUUUAUGAACUUGAGGCCUUUUCAACAGAACAUUCACAUUAUUAAAGUGCUCUCAAAAAUUCCAUAUACCUUCAACAUAAAUGUUCAUGAGCACUCUUUCUCUCUCUUAAACAGGCCUCUGUUUACUUAGAUUAUUACAUGAAAGGAUCCUACUUUGACCUUUAGUUCUAAACUGACUGUGUGAUGAUAGAACCAAUUCUUUUUGGCAAACUAUUAUUUAAAGAAAUUACAAUUGAAAAUUUACCAGAUCUAAUUUCUGUUACAAUGCAUCAAUUUUUGGUUUAGUUUCAUUUCAUAA